UCCCCUCCCAAAAAAAAAACUGUUGGUUUAAUACACCAAACCCUACACCACAAUCACUCUCCAUUUUUUUAUUGCAUUAAACAAUGACUAUUUGAGUGGGUUUGAUAUGUUUCUUUUUCACUCUGACCCAUAAAAAAUUUCAGUCAGUUGGAGCUGGAGCUCUUCUCUUUCUUGCAAGAAAACCACCACCUGACAGGCAGGUCGCAGAGAAAUGGCUACAAGAUUCUUUGUAUUGAAAUUGUAGGCCUUUUUGGGGGGAAAGAUUUGAUUUUUCUUGGUUUUAUUGUGACAAAAUGGGUGUUGAAAUAGUGGGUUACUACUUUUUAGUGGUGGCUCUGCUAUUUAGGCCAUUGGUUUGCCAACAACCCAACACAGACGAGUCAUUUCUUCUUGAAUUAUUUGUAAAAAUGGGCUUAAACCCACCUCAAAAAUAUGGAUUUUCGGGAUCAUUCUGUUCUUGGAGAGGUGUGGUUUGUGAUGAUGAGGGACAAAAUGUUGUGAAGCUAGAAGCUUCUGGAGUGGGUUUAUCUGGUGUGAUUCCUGAUACAACUAUUGGGAAAUUGACAAAGCUUGAAUCUUUGGAUCUUAGCAGUAACAAGAUUACUACCUUGCCUUCUGAUUUCUGGAGUUUGGGUUCUCUCAUAUUUCUUAAUCUUUCACACAACUUAAUCUGUGGGAGUCUUUCUAGCAACAUAGGAAAUUUUGGGCACCUUCAAAGUUUGGACCUUUCAUUUAACAAAUUUAAUGGGAUCAUUCCUGAAGCAGUCAGCUCAUUAACCAAGUUGCAGGCUUUGAAUCUCAGUCACAAUGGGUUUGAAUCCAGUGUUCCAUUAGGGAUGUUGCAGUGCUUAAACUUGGUUUCUGUUGAUCUCUCUGAAAACAAGCUCAAUGGCUCUCUUCCUAGUGGCUUUGCUGCUGCAUUGCCACAGCUCAAGCUGUUGAGCUUAGCAGAAAACAAGGUUGUUGGCCGGGAUUCGGACUUUACGGGGAUGAAAAGCGUGAGCUUUCUGAAUCUCUCAGGCAAUUUGUUCAGGGGUUCUGUUUUAGGUGUGUUUGAAGGGGAGUUGAAGGUGGUGGAUUUGAGCAGGAAUCAGUUCCAAGGCCACAUUCCUCAGGUAAACCUUACAUCAUCUUUCAAUUGGUCCAACUUGCUGUAUUUGGAUAUGUCUGAGAAUGAGUUGAGUGGUGAGCUUUUCUUCUCAGGAUUGCAUCACUCUAUCAAUCUUAGACACCUUAAUCUUGCACACAACAGAUUCACCAAGCAGCACUUUCUGAUCAAUGUUGAUAUGCUUACACAUUUAGAGUAUCUGAAUUUGUCUUCUACCAAUUUGGUUGGUGAGAUUCCUAGCAACAUCUCACGCCUAACUAGUUUAGCAACCCUUGAUCUCUCUGAUAACCAUCUCAGCUCCCACAUUCCUCGUCUCGCGUUUAAAAGCCUCAAGUUUCUUGACCUUUCACACAACAAUCUAACAGGAGACAUCCCAUUGGUGGUGAUUGAUGAGCUCCAUCAUAUGGAUACCUUCAAUUUCUCUUACAACAACCUUAGCUUUUGUGCAUCCCGGUUUUCCCCCAAAACCCUCGAAGCUUCUUUCAUAGGAUCGACUAAUAGCUGUCCCAUUGCUGCCAACCCGGACUUCUUUAGGAAAAAGUCUCCAAAGCAUAGAGGGCUAAAGAUUGCUCUGGCUCUGACUGUCUCCAUGGUGUUUUUGCUCUUGGGGUUGCUUGUUCUCGCCUUUCGAUGUCGUAGAAAGACAAGUAUGUGGGCUGUGAAACAGGAUUCUUAUAAGGAGGAGCAGGCAGUCUCGGGGCCCUUCUCGUUCCAGACGGAUUCAACCACUUGGGUGGCUGAUGUUAAGCAGGCAACAUCAGUGCCCGUGGUCAUUUUUGAGAAGCCGCUGCUGAACUUUACAUUCGCGGACUUGCUGUCUGCGACCUCUCAUUUUGACCGGGGCACCUUGCUGGCAGAAGGGAGAUUCGGGCCUGUGUAUGGUGGACUGCUGCCAGGGGGAUUACAUGUUGCUGUUAAGGUUUUGGUCCAUGGUUCCACGAUGACAGACCACGAAGCUGCAAGAGAGCUCGAGUAUCUUGGUCGAAUCAAGCACCCUAAUCUUGUUCCAUUAACCGGAUAUUGCUUGGCUGGUGAGCAGAGGAUAGCUAUCUAUGAUUACAUGGAGAAUGGGAACUUGCAGAACUUGCUCUACGAUCUGCCACUCGGGAUUCAAAGAACGGAAGAUUGGAGCACAGACACAUGGGAAGAUGAGAACAGCGGGAUACAAAACGUUGGCCCUGAAGGAUCACUAACAACAUGGAGAUUCAGACACAAGAUCGCACUUGGCACUGCUCGUGCACUUGCGUUCCUCCACCAUGGCUGCUCGCCUCCCAUCAUCCACAGAGACGUCAAAGCAAGCAGCAUCUAUCUGGACUCCAACUUAGAGCCCAGGCUGUCAGAUUUUGGGAUUUCCAAGAUUUUUGGCAAUGGGGCUGAAGAUGAGAUUGCUCGUGGAUCGCCAGGGUACGUACCCCCAGAGUUUCUCGAGCCAGAGAGCAGCUCAUCGCCAAAGGCUCCAACACCCAAAUCAGACAUAUAUGGAUUUGGAGUCAUCCUGUUUGAGCUCAUCACCGGGAAGAAGCCAGUUGAAGAUGUGUAUGGAGAAGAGAAAGAAACAAACUUGACUAGUUGGGCGAGGGGACUAGUGAGGACGAACCAAGCAUCACGUGCUAUCGACCCCAGGAUCCGUGGGAGUGCACCGGACGCACAGAUCAUCGAGGCUUUGAAGAUCGGAUACCUUUGCACAGCCGAAAACCCUUCCAAGAGGCCAACCAUGCAACAGGUAGUUGGCCUGCUCAAGGAUCUUGAACAAAUUACACACAUUUGAGCAAAAUUAUUGUUUUUUUGAAUUCCUUGUUUUGUUUAUUUUUAGUAUCAUGAGCUCUAUGCUGCCAUGAUUAGAUUGUAUAGCAGCUUGAGUUUUACUUUUCUGACCUAUCAAAGUUUCUCAUUUUCUCUAUGUUUGUUUGUGGCUAUUAAUAGUAUCUAUCUUUUGUUUUCU